AUGGCUGCCACCACUGCUCAGCCCACGGGGAGCCUGCCCAGCGGGCUGGGGAUCUGCACCGCGGCCCCGGAUGUCUUCUACCUGCCCGAGCUGGUGAGUGGUUCGGUGGUUUGGAUCCUGGUGGCGUCGACCUACGUGGACCCACCGAACCCUCUGGGCCGGGUGACGUUCGUCUCCGUCUUCUGCUUCGUCGGGACAUUCCUCUGGACGGAGGUCAUAAGAACCUCUCCGGCUGGGCUGCUGCUGUCCAGGACGUUGCCUGGCAGCCUUCUUCUACCUCAUGCAGGCGUGGAUCUGGCUUACAUCACCUUCCAGAAGAACCCCGCAGACUUAAAGAUCUACCACAUCGACAUCGCUGCUGUGGUCUUCGCAUAUGUUGCCACACUCUUCUACUUCAUCCACACCAUCCUCUCCUCCAUCCGAUGGAAAAACUUCUGAAAAAUGAAUCACAGACCUGAGUGUGUGUGUGUGUGUGUGUGU